AUGUCUAUCCCACUGUCAAAGGCUUGCUGCUCUUCACCCGCGGUGGUGCGGGAAGGUUAUGAGCAGAAGGGCCAUUUCACUACUUUCGACAACCUCAAGACAUAUGUCACCGGGUCAACAUCAGCCAAGAUGGCUAUUCUCUACGCCUACGACGCAUUUGCCUUUACCUCACAGACCCUUCAAGGAGCGGACAUGCUUGCCGCUAUGGCAGACUGUCUCGUUCUGAUGCCGGAUUUCUUGGACGGGGGCAUUCCUCGAGAAGCCUUCCCCGCUGACACUCCCGAAAAGGAGCAAAUAUUCGUAGAUUUCUUUGCCGGCAAAGGAGACUGGGACCGGGUGACCAAAUUGGUUACAUCGAGCGUCAAGGCUAUCAAGAGUGCAUAUCCCUCUGUUGAGAAAAUCGCAGGCCUAGGCUUUUGCUAUGGCGGAAAGGUGUCGAUCUGUGCAGCCAACCAACCUGAUACCCCAUUCAAUGCCAUUGCACAGGCACACCCGGCCCGGCUAGCUAAGGAAGAUGCAGAGGCUCUUAGGGUGCCGCAUCUGUGCCUGGCUUCGAAUGAAGAGGAUCCCGAGGAUGUGAAGGCCUUUGACGCUGUGGCCAAGCCCCCUGGAUCUGAGACGUACACGUACGAGAAGAUGCAUCAUGGCUGGAUGGGCGGACGGGCCGACUUUAACAACGAGCUCAACGUACAGGAAUUCACGAGAGGCGUCCAAAUCUCACCACCGCAGCUAUGCAGACCCAAAUACAAACUGAGGAGGACAGAUCCAGUCCUCACAACGCGAUUCAAACACCCAGACGUGAUCACUACCGAAAAUAAAGUCUCCGAGCCCACGUCACUUCUUCCAGGACGUGCUACACCUGGAGCGAUGAAUAGUAGCAGCAGCAAUGAUAACAACGGAGAACCCAUUUCAGCGGCAGCUUUGCCCGGACAGGCUGUCGAUAUCGAGAGAGAUGUCUCGAGGCCUGUGAGUCGAAAUGAAGACUCCUCCAUCAACGGAACAGACCCCAGCUCCGCGAUUGAUUUGGAGAAAACGGCUGGCGAAACCGCCCAGCUAUCUUCCUCUAAGGAGGUUCAAUAUUCCGUGUUCCCUCGAAACCAGAAGUACUUUAUCGUGUUCAUGGCAUCGCUGGGUUCGUUCUUCUCACCACUUAGCGCCAACAUAUACUUCCCAGCCUUAAACACAUUGGCAUCGCACUACAAUGUAACGCCUUCAAUGAUCAACCUCACCAUCACGACCUAUCAGAUCUGCCAGGGUCUAGCACCAAGCGUGUAUGGUGACUUCUCCGACCAGGCAGGGCGACGUCCGGCUUUCAUCGUGGCUUUCGUGAUCUAUGUCGCGGCGAAUAUCGGCCUUGCGGUUCAGAACAGCUACGCGGCACUGAUGGUCCUGCGCUGUCUGCAAAGCUCUGGUAGCAGCGGAACCAUUGCACUAUCCCUGGGCAUUAUCGCCGACGUGACAACUACGGCAGAGCGGGGGACGUACAUGGGAUUGGCUCUGUCAGGGGCAAUGUUAGCUUCUGCCAUUGGGCCGAUAAUUGGGGGACUGCUGACUCAAUUUCUCGGGUGGCGAGCUAUCUUUUGGUUCCUAACCAUCUUCAGCGGCUCCUAUACCUUGAUAUACAUAAUUCUGAUGCCAGAAACUAACCGGACCAUCGUUGGCAAUGGCUCUGUGGCGCCACGAGAGUGGUGGAACAUGUCUGGCUUAGACAUGCUGCGUCUGAGGAAGUUGAGACGGAAUGAGACAAAGGAAGCUCGGGAACUGAGGGAAUCGUUGCCGAAGAACAAGGUUCGGUGGCCACGGCCUUGGACAUCGCUACAGGUCAUGAAAGAGAAGGAUGUGGCUGCUGUGCUGUUCUUCAAUUCCAUCGUCAAUUGCGCCUUUUACGAUGUCAUAGCCACCACUCCCCUACAAUUCGAACGGCUCUAUGGCUAUAAUAGUGUCCAGAUUGGCCUCUGCUACCUCCCUUUAGGCGUCGGAAGCUUCAUCGCCGCGAUUGUAAACGGCAAAAUUAUUGACUGGAAUCUCCGCCGUAUCGCGCGCGCGAACAACUUCCCCAUCGACAAGAAACGCGCCCAAGACCUCCGCAAUUUUCCCAUAGAGAAGGCCCGCAUGCAGACCCUCCUCCCGAUAUUCCUGCCCGGAGUCGCCACUGUCCUUUGCUACGGCUGGGUUUUGCAGCAAUCUGCCCCGCUCGUAGCGCCUCUGAUACUCCAAUUCAUUAUAGGCCUAUCGUUUACCUCUGCCGCGAACACUGGUAGCACACUGCUCGUGGAUCUAUACUCGGCCAAGCCUGCCACGAUCACGGCGGCGAAUAAUCUUGCUCGUUGCCUCAUGGGAGCUGGAGCCACGGCACUGAUUAAUCCGAUGAUUGAUGGGAUGGGAAUUGGGUGGUGCUACACCUUCAUUGGAUUGGUUUGUUUCAUUACAACUCCGAUGCUCUUGCUGCUGAUAAAGAAGGGCCCCGCAUGGCGGGAAGCACGACGACUGAAACACGAACAGCCCAAAUGA